GGCUUUAUAAUUAGCCCGGUGAGGGAGGACGAGGACAGACAGACAGAGAAGGAGACGCGGACCGGAGGCUCCGGGCUCAUACAGGUAUCAAACGUAACGCCACAAUCACCAUGCUGGAGGGGAACGGGACGGAGCUGCGGCUCAGCGAGUUCGGCUUCGAGCGACGCUUCGACGAGAGAGGCGCCAUCGAGUGGAUGCAGGCGAACUGGAGUAAGUCCUUCCUGUUCAGCGCCAUCUACGCCACCCUGGUGUUCGGAGGCCGGCACUACAUGAAGCAUCGACCCAAGAUGAACCUGCGGCGGCCGCUCGUCCUCUGGUCGCUCAGCCUCGCCCUCUUCAGUAUCAUCGGAGCGAUGCGGACUGGCUCCUACAUGGUCCACGUCCUGAGCGGCAGCGGCUUCAGACAGUCCAUCUGCGACCAGAGCUUCUACAACGGCCCCGUCAGCAAGUUCUGGGCCUACGCCUUCGUCCUGAGCAAGGCGCCGGAGCUCGGCGACACUGUGUUCGUGGUGCUGAGGAAGCAGAAGCUGCUAUUCCUGCACUGGUACCACCACAUCACCGUGCUGCUCUACUCCUGGUACUCUUACAAGGACAUGGUGGCCGGCGGCGGCUGGUUCAUGACCAUGAACUACGGCGUGCACGCGCUCAUGUACAGCUACUACGCGGCGCGUGCCGCCGGCCUGCGCGUGCCGCGGCCGCUGGCGGCGCUCAUCACUGGCGCUCAGAUCGGGCAGAUGGUCAUGGGGCUGGCGGUGAGCGGGCUGGUGUACCGAUGGAUGCGACACGGCGACUGCCCGUCGCACCUCGACAACUGCGCCUGGGCGGCGCUCAUGUACCUCAGCUACCUGCUGCUCUUCUCCAACUUCUUCUACCAGACGUACCUGCGCCCAAAGACCACCAAGGCCGAGUAGGGGCCGGCCUGCAGUGCAUUGUGGGGAUGGAAUCUGCUUCUCUGAACUGAAUCGGGAUGAUUCUCGUUUAAAUGAAUUCCCGCCCACUCGGCUGUCCAACUGGUUUGAGCUGCAGCAGAAAAAUAUACAUUUUAACUCGACGAGGCUCGGUUAUCAGAUUUCUUCUUUUGGGUUCUGAUCAAGCACUUUGUUGUUUUAAAUGGAUUCAUCAUCUGGUGUCAAGUGUCUUCUACUGAACUACUAAACCGAUUAGUUUACAGACGAAUGAAGCUUUAAUGAUUAAAUAAAUGACCAUCGAUUCAACAGAAGUUUUUUUUUUUUUUUUUUUUUUUUUUUUUUUUCCUUUGACUUCUUGGUGGCUGAAAGAAGCAAAUCUGUUUAUGAUCAAUAUUUAUUGACGUCUCAAAACACUUUGUUCCACUAAAUAACUUUAUUUAUGUCACAUGGUGAAAAUUUGUACUUUAAUGUUUUGUAUUUUACUAAAAGCUAAGAGACGUCUUCAUCACAAACAGGUUUAAUCUUUCAUUUGUUAUUUUAUUUGUAUUGUUACUGUGUGAUCGUGAAAGCUGAUGAUGACUUUAUGCAUGAACACUAGUUUUUAUAUUUCUCUUCUUCAGGGUCCAGAUGUUUGUAUUUAUUGUUUUGACUUUACAUAAUAAAGAAGCACUUUUAUAAA